AUGCCGCCAGGAGGAAACACGUCCGUGGAAACGAGGCCGACUGAAGCCCAGCCUCUGCCGGCUCCAGCCCCCCUGACGGAGUCCUCAGGGGUCCGCGGCGUGUCAGAGACGCCCCGGCGUGACCUCCAGAGGCCGACGUGUCCCCGAUGCGGCCUCCCCGUCCCGCAGAGCGGACCGGAACCAGCCCCGUGGCCCCAGAGCCGGCCGCGGGGCUCAGCAGCGUUGGCACGCGACGACAGGAGCCGGAGCGAGAGAGGUGGGCCCGGACCCGACCGACCUGCUCCUGGAUCUGCAGACUCGUGCUUGGGGCUGCUGCUGGCGUGCCUGUGGUGCCAGUUCUCGGUGGUGCUGCUGGGCCUGCUGGAGGCCUGCUGCUCCUGCUGCUCCUCCUGCGCCCGCUGCUGCUGCGACGCGCCCGGCGAAGAGCUGGGAUGCCCCGCCCACUGCCACUCGGUGCUGUUCGAGUCCUGCUGUGAGCCCAUCGAGUUCCUGGAGUUCUGCCUGGACUGCUGCGAGAUCUGCCACCGCGGCUGAGCCCCCCCGGGGGCCUGGGGGACGGCAGACAUGUCUGAACUGACCCACCGAUGAGAGGAAAGUCUUUUCGUCUGAUCCAGAACUGAAGAUGGUGAAAUUACUGGAGCUGAGACGAUUAGUCUGGAUUCACCCGUGACUCAAUCAUUUGUUGAAAUAAUCGUGAGUUAAUUUAACUAUUGAUUAAUUGCUAAUUCGACUAAUCAAACGCAAAAAAUUGUCAUUUGCAAAAGAAAAAAACCCAAAGUAUUUGAGAGAGCAAACUGUACAAAAAAAAUGCAAAAGAAACGGCUUCAAUUCUACU